AUGAAGACGCUUCAGAAGACGAGAUACCGGAAGAAGAAGAGGAAGAUGAGGAGGGAGGUGGAGGAAACGCCGGUGAAAAAACGCAAGGCUAUCGAUAACAAGCCCAAACCCAAGAAGCGACGUAAGCCCGUCAAUAAGUUUAUCGAGGAGGAGGCCGAUGUUGAUGAAGACGAAGAGGAGGAGGAAGAAGAAGAAGACGAUGAUUUUUAUCGCUCGGAGCGCCAAAUGGCCGAAGAAGCAGAAGCUGGUCACUCUUACCGUUACGAGCCGCAAGACCGCACACAGUUUGACGAGUCGGAGAGUGCCGAGGCCAUUGUCAAUCGCAUUAAGAAACGUCACCAACAAAGCCGCAAGCAAUACGACGGUGAGGAGGAUGGAAGUGAUGUGAUCCAGAGCGAUGUCGCGCAACAGUCACUUCUUCCAUCUAUCCAGGAUCCGCGCAUGUGGGUAUUUAAGUGCAAGCCUGGUCGCGAGCAGCAUCUUGUGAUAGCACUCAUGAACAAGUUCAUCGAGUUUUCGCGCCGCGGUGAGCCUUUGAUGGUCAAAUCUGUGGUGGCCUCCAACUCAAAGGGUUUCAUCUAUGUGGAGGCAGAGCGCGAGCCACAUGCGAAAGAUUGUCUGAGCGGUUUACGUGAUGUACAACAGUGGUCGAUGAAGCUAGUGCCUAUCCAUGAAAUGACAUCGGUUCUUAAUGUGCAAACACAGAGAAAGCCGCUAGUUGCUGGCGCUUGGGCGCGAAUGAAGCGCGCAGGAUUGUACAAGGGUGAUCUGUGCAAAGUCAUUGAAAUCCUUGACAAUGGAGCGCGAGCUGUCGUGAAAAUGAUUCCGCGGCUGGAUCCAACUGUACUGGCUGGCGGUGAACAACCAAAAUACAAAAAAGGUCAACGUCCGCCGCAAAAGCUUUUUCACACGAACAUGGUUCCUGGGGCAGACGUAGCUCGUCGCCGGUAUCCUUCAACAGGUGAAAUGAUGGACACUUUUGACAAUGACUAUUACCAAGAAGGUUUUCUUAUCAAGGAGGUGAACAAUGCUACCAUGUUGACAACAGAUGACGUAAAUCCGACGCUGGAUGAGAUCAAUCGUUUUUCGUCCGUUGCGGGGGAAGAUGGUGAGCAUACUGCUGAAGAAAUGCUGGUUUCUGUAGAAGCUGAUGAUUGGAAAAAUAAGGUUGAUCUCACUAAGGGUGAUACGGUGCGUGUCAUUGAGGGCGAUUUGAUCAAUCUCAUGGGUGUCGUGCUGAGCACUAAUACAUCCAAUGACACCGUCCGUGUUAUGCCGCUUCACGAAGAAAUUAAGGACACAAUCUUGGACUUUCAAUUGAAGCAGCUUAUGAAGUACGUGAAGGUUGGCGAUCACAUUAAAGUGGUAUCUGGCAUGUAUUCGGGCGAGACUGGCACAGUUGUGGCAGUGGACGAUAGCGAAGGUGCUCCCGUAGCUAUUGUGCUCGUGGAUAGUAUGGCACGUGAAAUUCAAGUGCGCGUUUGUGAUUUGCAGGAAUCUGCCGAGAUUUCUCAAGGAUUAGACUCAUACAAGGGUAAAGAGCUGUACGACCUUGUUGCUCUUGCACAUGGUGAUGUGGGCAUGAUUACGCAUGUCGGGCGUGAGGGCUUUACGGUACUUUGUCAGAAUGGUCAAUCUAGGACUAUCUCCGAUCAGGAGGUGCAGCGCAAAAUCGUAUCUUCGCGCACAACAGCAGCACUGGACAAGAAGCACAACCAUAUUAGCGUUGGAGAAAUGGUUAAUGUUGUGGAAGGUACAUUUUCAGGCCACAGCGGAACCGUAAAGCACAUAUAUCGGACAUAUCUUUUCGUUCACAACAAUCGCAUCACGACCAACUCGGGUAUCUUCGUGGCACGUGCGCGUGACGUGAUCUUGUCAGGAAGUAAGGCGCGCUCGGAUAUGAUUAUAAACUCAACGGUACCUCGAAUGGAUGCCGGGAUGCGCCAGCAAAAUCAGCGAGGUGGAAGAAACCCGCGCGAAUCCGAACUGAUUGGGCAGACAGUGAAGGUGAAAAAGGGACGCUGGAAAGGCUACAUUGGUAUUGUUGUGGAUGAAAGCGAUCAAAAGGUCAAGGUAGAAAUUCAUUGCAAAGCAAAGGUUGUGGAUAUUGAUCGAUUGCAUAUUACUAUUGCUGGAACGCGUGAUGGCGGUUUGGUAGACAAGCCUCGCUAUGCUGGAACUCCUAUGACUGGCGCCACACCGCUACCAUCACAGACACCACUUCAUGGCAGUGCGAUGACUCCGAUGGCAACGCCGCUGCAUCGUGGAAUGGGUACUCCGCAAUCAUCUGGACGCGCUAGUGAGGCGUGGAAUGUUGCGAACGACGAUGCAUUGCUGGAGACGCAGAUGAAUCAGGAGAAGGACAUUACUCACGCUACUAGCUUUGGGACGCCAUUGGAACCAGCUGCGCCGUCGAGUGAUAUGUCAAGCAGUCGCUAUUCAAAUUCGACGACACCAAUAGCUCCGCGUUCUCCAAUUGGAGACGGCAUGAUGCCUGUAACCCCAGCUGCAAACCCUACAACUCCUGGAUUAAACUCCACGGCAUCUGGACUGCAGCCGAGGACCCCAGCUUUUAUGAUGGGCCAUAAUCCGACGACUCCAGGUCUGAACCCGAUGACACCAGGUUUGAAUCCGACAACACCCGCUCAUUUGUCUGCUGCCACACCUGGUAUGGGUCACGAACCAAUGGGAAUGGAACCAAUGACUCCAGGCUUUAAUCCUGCGACACCUGGCUUGUCGGCAAUGACCCCUGGUCUUAACCCCGUGACUCCAGGAAUCAAUACGCCGGGGUACAACCACAACCCAAUGACUCCCGGUUUUGGCAUGGCAACUCCCAUGGGUCGUAUGAACUCGGCAUCCACACCUGUCGCAACGCCUGGCAUGAUUGGUGGCAACGGGGUUCCUACGACGCCUGCCUUCAACCAGGAUGCAAACGACUCAGCGGGCGGACCUUCUAGUGGAGAAGUAACGUGGAGGAUGAAGGGCGUGGAGGUUGAAGUGAUUGCUGGUGAACACAAUGGCAUUGUGGGUGCUAUCACCAGUGUGAGCGGUGGUUCGUGCUCACUUGAUGUAGACGGUCGCAUGAUCACUCUGUCGUUAAAUGCUGUGCGGCCGGUGGUGCCAGAGAAACAAGACACUGUGAUCAUCUUGUCAGGAGACGAGGCAGGCACUAGGGGCUCGUUGAUCGGUACAGAUGCCUCGGACGGUAUUGUGAAGGUUGACGGUGGCUCUGAGAUUAAGAUUUACGCAAUCGCGUCGCUGGCGAAGAUGGCGCAGUAA